CACUUCAAUUUGCAUAAUUUGUCGUCUUAAUGUCUUGUCUUAUUAACCUAGCACCGGAUUGAUUUGUAUUCUUUUUCGAUAAUUUAGGAAGGAAUUAUGGACUUGGGUUAUACCGUGAAAGCGACCACCUUAAAUAAAAUAUUAUUAGGUCCUAAUAAACGAUGUGAUUUAUCAAUUUUAAAGGUCUUUUUUCGGUCGUAAAAGUUACUCUACGUAUUUUUUAAUUUUCGCGAUCUGUCUGAGUUUUCAAGUUCGAUUCAAAUUCAUGCCAAUAUUACGCGCCUUAUGCUCAUAGUAACGAAAGUGCCAAUUUCGCGAAUUUUCUUGAAAGGCUUUAAGUUUCGACAGUUGGCCUAUUUUCUACAGCAUACCAAGUUUCAUUGCAACUUUGAAAUUGAAUUUUACAUUGCGAAUAUUGAGGAAUAUUCGAAAAAAUCAAUCUGUUUUAAUCGGUGUCGGUGAGUUGUCGAUGCACUACGUAAUUACAGACAUGUUUAUCCUUUGUAAUAUCAACGGUUACAGUUAAAAAUGGGCACUUGAUUACAGAAAAGAGGCCGUGUUUGGGAAAGGGGGUAGAGCAGCCUUCUGAAAACCACAGAUGAAGGAUGCGCCUUAAUUUGUUGCGUGUUUUCUAUCCGAAGCUAUAUUUGAGAUCCUGCAAAUGACUUGGCAUGUAAUUCAGUUGUUCAUUGGGCAAGCGAGCUUGUGAGCGUGGUUUUAUUUUACCAGUCGAUUUUUUUCCUACACAGCUCGCUUAAAUUAGCGCUCCUCUUUUUUGGUGGCACUUUUGCUGUGAUACAUUUCAUCAUUGGCAAUUUAUAGCGUGUGUCCGCUUUAUUGGUGGCUUGUAGCUGUGGUGUUCGAUUUUUCCUUUGACAGCUGUUUUUUUGCGUUUUGGUCGCUUGUUUCCUAGCAGCUUCGCCUCUGUGUUAAAAAUUAUUUCGAAUGCUCGCCAAAUCAAGUUAUUCACAUAUUUCCAAAAACUAGCCACUCGAAAAACUGGGCUGGAUCUGGUUUUACACUUAAUUUUUAGUUCAAAUGUGUAACAGCUAAAUAAUCUGAGCGGUCUGCACUAAGUAUGUCUUUGUUUUAUCAAGUUCUCUGAAACUGAAUAGUCUGAAGUAAAACGCUCAUGUUCACCUUAAUGACAAAAAAGUCAACUUAAAUAACUUAUUUGUACGUUUGCGAUUGAUAUCUGCAGCAGCCUCUGAUUAUAAAUUCCGCAAACCUGAUUUGCUGAUCCAAAAGUUUUUAAAUUUAUUUUGUUUAAUAUCUAUAUGAAGUAAAUUUACUUUAACUGAUUCCUGUUUGAAAAACACCACGGGUUACCUUUUGUUUAGACGAUAACAAGAAAAACCUUAAAUAUAUGCGACUCCAUGUAAGUUUUGCCGUAACAGUUAAACUAUAAGGGUUCAUGUUUUGUGAUAGGUUCAUAUGUUAGUGAAUUUCAUGUUUUGUGAUUCGAUAUUGACGGUGUUCUGUAAAUGCUGGUACAACUCCAACUUAUUAACUCACUCGAUGUAAUAUUCUAUGUUUGCGAACUUAUCCUGAAUGCAAAGCGCUACAGGAGUUUGAGAUUUUGAGCGCUCACAUAAAUGUUUUAGACAAAAUACGAUGAGCCAAUUGUGUAAAUAUAUCCGAUGACCUUUCUUUAUGCCUUAAAAUUGCACAUAAACCAUUCUACGAAUUAGUAUUACAUCAUUUAAAUGGAAAUUUCAGGCAGCUCUUGGCCGAGUGCUUACUGUUAAAAAAGUGUUUACAUAACAGACGACAGGCGACCUUAGCUGAAUGUUUUCUGGAGCAACUCGUGGUCGCAAGGGGUCUCAAAACUCCUCGGAUUCUUCUCUGGGACCCAAUUCUACCGAUACUUCUGUCCUUUUAUCCUACAACAGUGACCCCAACAGGAAUAAUUUGUCAGCUUCACUUGGAACUCUGAACAACACUGCUAUCAGUCAUGAUGAGUCGGAGGACCUGCUCACAGCCUCAGCUGUUUCGAGGGGAGGCGAGUUUGAGCUCUACAGGCGAAGAUGGAUUUUACUGUCAAUCGUGUUUUUCCUCAAUUACACAAACGCAACGAUGUGGAUCUGUUUCGCUCCCGUGGCAGACACCACCGCUUCCUACUUUGAAGUGUCCUUGACAUGGGUCAACAUGCUCACUGUAGUCUACUUCGUCGUAUUCAUCCCUUUCAACUUCGUCGGCUCUUACAUGGCAGAGAAAUGGGGCCUCAAACCACUCAUGAUAUCUUCCGCUUUAAUAAACUUGCUAGGCGGGGGUCUCAGAAUAGCGGGUGUCUACUUAUUCGAAGACCCCGCCACCCAGUUUGUAGUUCUUUUCGUGGGUCAGACUAUAACAGCAGUGGCCCAAUCAUUCAUUCUCAUUCAGCCGACUAAGUUAGCGGCCUACUGGUUCGCCCCCAACGAAAGGACAAUCGCAAAUGCGGCAGGAACAAUUGCCAAUGAGGUCGGCCUGAUGAUAGCUUUCUUGGCCACGCCUUUCAUUGUCAAUGGAGUUGCUCAAAAUGUCACAAAUAUGGUUGUAAUCUGGAGCCUACCAAGUGUUAUUCCAGCAAUACUGUGUGUUGUAUUUGUCAAUACCGGAAGCUAUCCUCCAAUUGCGCCUUCGGCCAGCGGAGCGGUAGCCUCAAUGGGCUUCCAAGACAGCAUGUCCCAAUGUCUUCGGAGCAAGCAGUUCUGGUUCCUGAUGUUGUCGUUUGGCACUGGCCUGGCAGCCUUCAGUACCCUUGUGGCCCUAUUAGAACAAGUGCUCUGUGUCAACGGAUACACUGAUACCUUUUCUGGAAUUGCGUCAACAGUUUCGAUAGGGUGUGGCUGUGUUGGCGCUGCGAUCUUCGGAACUAUAGCAGACUGCACGAAAAAAUUCGACUUCAUCUAUAAAACUUGCUACCUCUUAGCGUGUUUUGGAGUCAUUCUCUUUGCCUGGGCGGCGACUAAGAGUGACAACUCAGUGUUCAUUCUGCUGGGAGUGGGCUGGUUCGGAUUCUUCGGGCUUGUCCUCUUCCCCAUCGCACUAGAGUUGUCAGUCGAGUGCACGUACCCCGUGUCCGAAUCGGCCAGCUCAGGAAUCGUCAUUUUAGCCGGUCAGCUGAUUGGGAUCGUGAUGUUGGUGGGCCUUCCUCUGUUGGGACAGGACUUGACGGAGAAGCAGGAACAUAUACAAGUGUGUGCAGAGGGAGUGGGCAAGAGCGACUUAUGGAUCUCGAUGCUGGUACUAGCCGCCUACAUAUGUCUGAUAGGAGUGGUAACUGUGGUGUUUUUCAAGUCGCCCGAUAAACGAAUCAAAACAGAGGCUGCUGUCAUAUCAAACUCCGCCCAUAACUGUUGAAAUGAAUUUAGUUUAUUAUUUUGAUUUUAUCACCUUAGCAAAUCAUUCUUAGAUUUUUCUCUAUCAGUUUCGUGUUUUAAAUUCAAACCUUAGAAUCAA